GUGAGAGCCCAUAUCAGUCACCAUACAUUUGUCUUUCACUGUCAUAGCAGCACAAUAGCCCAUGACAUUUGCCGCCCUUUCUUGAAGCAAACCAAGUGGUGCCCCAGAACGUACAGAAAGCUAGCCAGACAUGCCUCGGCUUAAAUCCCAGCGGCCUGCGCCAACUGUGCUGGGCGAGCCGGCUCUCGACGAGGCCGGACCGAGUGCACCCGCGCGCGAAGUCGCGCCCCAGCCCGAGCCUAAUGUUCCGGUGCCAAUGCAGUCAGGCUAUCAGGGACCUCAGGCGGAGCAAAUCCUACGCGGUCUGCCGGCUAGCCUCACGAACGAAAUGAAGGCACUCUCUGUCCGCUGGCGCGGCGGCUGCUUCUGCUGCCCCGCCAUCAUCAGCUUCGGCCAGUGCAUGUCGGGCAUGUGGUCGGCCUCCCGCAAGCCCAAGCAGGAGGCGGACUCGCUGGCGCAUUGGGGCCUCAACACAGCCAAGUUCCUGUACGAGGCAGGACCGCCGCAGGGCGCCCCUGGGGCCGCAGGCGGCGCGGAGGCGGGGGCGGGGGCGGCGGCGCUGGGCCGCAUGCUGCUGGUGGAGGGCGGCUACAUGCCGCUGACGGCGGCGCUGCUGGCGGCGGCGGGCGCGGGCGAGGAAGUGCCGCAGGGCAUGAUGCUCACGCCGCAGGUGUCUUUCACGCAGGUGUGGGCGGUGGGCGCCAAGCAGCUGCCCCUCACCACCACGCCGCAGCUGGUACUGGUGCAGCUGCUGGGGCAGAUCACGGACUGGACGCCCGGCCUGCGCGCCGCUGCGCACUGCCCCGAGCUGCUGACGGCGCUGGUGCGCACACUGGCGGCCACAUCCGACGACCGGUACAGGUCGCUGGUGCUGUCCACGCUCACGGACUGGCUGAAUGUGGUGGACCAAGAGGAGGAGGACGACGACGAGGACGAGGACGGGCAGGGAGGCGACAAGGCGCAGCCGCAGGCGGCCGCCGCAGCUGCCGGCGAGAACGGCAGCAGCACCAGCAGCAGCAAGGCGGCCACUGGCAAGUGCAGCUCGCCGCCCAACCCGCACCAGUUCGGGCCCAGCGAGCACGACGCGCUGGUCCACGGGCUGCUGGACGCAGGCCUGGCGCCGGUGCUGGCCGCGGUCGCGAGCAAGUCCGCCAACGCUGUGGCCCUGCGUAACGUGGCCGCCUGCGCCCUGGCCCUCAUGACAGCGGGCGCGGGCGCGGGCGGGCACGGCGGCGAGCACGGCACCCGACCUGCGGGCAAGGGCGCCGCGGCGGUUACGGCGGCGCUGACGAAUCCGGAGCUGCCUGCAGGGCUGGUGCUGCGGGGCGGCGCACAGUGCCGGGCACAGGCGGAGCUCAUCAAGGCCGGCAUGGUUCAGGCGCUGCUGACCGCCCUGUCGCGGCCGCCCUGCCCGCCCGCCCCCGCCGCCUCCACCCCCGCCCCGGCCGCCAGCCCGCUGGUGUUCUGGCUAGCCAUCAACAUGGGCGUCACGGGGGCGCGGCUGCUGGAGCUGCAGUGGUGGCUGCUGGUGGUUGCUCGUGUGCUGCUGGUCCCGCCUGAGAUGGGGCCAGCGGGGGCGGCCGACGCAGGCGCGUCGGACGCGGCGCCCUCAGCAAGCAGCGGCGGUAAAGGUGGCAAGUCGGGAGGUGGGAAACGCAAGGGCGGUGGCGGUGGUGCGGGCGCCAACGGCAGCGCUGGAGGUGCGGGUGCGGCUGGCGACGCGGCACGGCGGAGAGUGGCGGCGGCGGAGGCAGUGCUGGUGGCGCCGGUGCUGCAGCAGCAGCUUACGAGGCUGCAGGCGCAGGAGGGCGCGGGGGCUGCGCAGGCGCCGGCUUCGGAGGUGCCGGCGAAGCGGGCAAUGCAGCUGCUGUCCGCGGCAUUGGCGGCCUCCUCCCGCAGCUGCGUGCUGCCCUGGGCCAGUCCGCUAGAGCUGCUGCCGGCACGCGAGCGGGCGGCCACUCCUGACUGGCGCGCAGCGCAGCGCGACCGAAUCCGCAAGGCGGCGGAGGAGGCGCGCGCGGCGGCGGCGCAGGCCAGCGCCGCGGCGGCAGUGGACCUCCUCAGCAAGCUGGCGGUGGCGUGAUACGGUCGUUGGGGCGAGUAGCCGUAGCUAUGCAAGACCGAGUGAUUACAGUACAAAAGUCGCGGGCGGCUGCGCGCAUGUUGGAGGACGCAUACUGUUGGGGGACGGGCAAGCCUGCAGGGCAACCUCAACAGUCGUCUUCCGGCCGGGUAGUGGUCGCGUGUUGGCUGCGUUUGAUACGGAUUGAUUGCGCGGAGAUGCGGCGCAAGGCCGAGGGCAGGGCAGGGUUCCGGCCUUGCCAUGGGCAGGUGGAUGCCGAGGUUGCGCCGCCAGAUGGAGCGUGCAUAUGGUGUGGAGUGCAAACACGCUGUGCCAUCAGGAAAGCAUGUGGAGCCUAUCAUAUUGUUGUGGACGCGGAUGGAUGCAGGUGUCAUGUGUGGGUAAAUUCGUUGACUUGGUGGGAUCAGAACCCAUUAGCGUGCGCCACGCAUGCACAUAGUGUGGACGAAUGCGGCAGUCCAAGAGCACCACCCUCACUACCUCAGAGGCCUCAGAUUACCCACUCUCGACAGUCCAGAACCCAGAGGCCAGUAAAGAGGAGCGGCUGUGGAAGAGCGGCUAGCAGCCUAGCACCUAGGUACAGCUGGCCGGCCAUGCCAGCUAAAUGCCUGGGUAUUGGGAUUGAUAAUCCAGUUGAUACCUGGCAGCAGGGCAGCGCGCGGUGGGUAGCUGCUCCCCUCGCGCAUUGCAUGGGUGCAAAUACAUGUCUUGGCGGACGGUGUGUGCAGGGCCUCUUAUUCCUAGACGUGCAAGCUUUCCGUCACACACCACCCAUCACACGAAACUGCUGCGUAUGCUGUCUCAGUGGCAUAAGAGCGCGGGGUCGGGGAUGCAUGCGCGCGCAACAUAGGGCGCUUCCAUUCCGGGCCUUUUCCGGCCGGUGCUUGCUUGGCUAUUACGGAGCUGCCCCGCCCUCCCUUCUGCGUUGGGUCUGUGUGGGGGCCGAACCCACCCACCAGUCGCUGGUGCGACUGGUGUCUCCCAAGCGAGACAGACCAUGGGGAGGAGGCUCCUCCCCAUCCCAUAUUGUUUGGAUGGCCGUGGGUAGGCCAGGCCAGGCCAGGCCAGGCCAGGCCAGGCCAGGCCGCCUAGGGCGGCGGCGUGGACGUGGGCUUGGGUGUCAGGCAGCAGAUCUCUGGGUGCUGCUGGCGGGUGGCGGGGUCCGGGUUGGGCAUGACGGGGUGACCCAGCGGCGCAGGGGUGCAAGGGGCCUGGUCGCAACUGGGGAUUGGGGGCGGUUGCCGGCCGUUGCCAAUGACAUGGGGCGAGUUGGCCACCCCGCACCCCUGGGAUGACAAUUGGGUCAAUUUGGGGAUACUGUGACGAGAACAAACCCCAAUUAACUCGUCCACUGCCGCCAAGGGAGGGAGGGAGGGCCAAGCUAAAGGCCCUUCAUCUUCCUCACGCCCCUUCGUCUUCCCCCCAGCACAGGCGACAUUCGAAACUGGGGGUCAAUGGCACAUGACACAAUUGCAGUUUGUAAAUAACAUAGCUG